GCUUAACACCGAAGCAAGCUCACCAGGCAAAAAAAGAAAAAUCAAAAGGCUGAGAAAACGAAAUAGCCGACCGAAGCCUCGCGAAGCUUUCGAGAGACACCAAGAACCAAGAAAAUGGGAAAGGGCAAGGUCCACCCCUCGCCGCCUGCGCCUGUGGAGACGACGGCGGAGGGGGUUCUGCUCCGCCUGCUCCCUGCAGCCGUGUUCGCCAUGGCGGCGCCGCUGGGGGCCGGCGGGAAGGAGGUGCUGGCGUACCUCGUCCUGGCGUCGCUGCGGUCGUCGUCGGCGCCGCCGACGCCCGCGAGGGAGGAGAGCGCUGCGAGGAGGCCUCCUCACGGGCCGGAGCUCGGGUGCGGGUGCUUCGAGUGCUACACGGCGUACUGGUCGCGCUGGGACGGAUCCCCGGAGAGCGACCGCGAGGCGAUCCACCGCGCCAUCGAGGCGUUCGACGAGCACCUGGCCCGCCAGGAGGAGGGCAAGGGCAACCGCCGCCGCAAGAAGCGCGCCGCAGCCAAGGAUAAGCCCGGGAAAGGGAAGGGGAAGGCGUCUGCCGCUGUUUCGCCUCUGCCGCCGCCCAUCCUGCCUGAGCAGCAGGAGGCCUCCUCUUCCUCGGCGGUUGCUGUACUGACGAAGGAUAUCAGCGUCGGGGAGGAACAGAAGACGGUGGAAGAAGAAGCCACUGCUGCCGUCGGCCUCAGCGACGGCGACGGCGUGCAGGAGGAGCGGAGGCGGCGGGUGUGGGACGCGGUUGCCGGCGUGUUCAACUGGAGGGGAUGGACCCUGUGGGGGUCCCACUAGUCGGUGAGAGCAGCCGUUGAUACUGCUCGCUCUUCAGUUAGAUCUUUUUUUUGUGCUUUUGAUGUCCUUCUUGGGGACGUGGGGUUUCACGUUCUGUUGGGUUUUUUUGGUCUGAUUUAGGAAAUGCCUAAUACUACGUGUUUAGUCAGUCAAAUCAGAGUCUUCAAACUUUCUUGGUACUGUACACUAUUGGAGUAGCACUAUUGGAGUAGCAGUGAUAUGCUGAUCAUAUGUUUGGCUGCUUGGUGUAAAUAUGUUGGAGGAGCAUGUGAAAUUCAUGGAUGGUUGGUGGUGAUGUAAAUAUGCAGCAUGUGCAAAUGAUGUGAAUAUGUGCACAAGGUCCCAUUUGGAACAA